GCGUAAAACUUCACCGGCAAGUUUAAGCUUUUCUCGGUUAAUUUGUACAGUUGAAGGUGAGAAGCGGCUACUUGUGGAGAGCUGUAAUCAUGGUGCAAGUUGAUGAAGCAGUGAGCGGUUUUGUUGAGGUUCUUCUGUCAAAUUUGGUUUUAACCUGUGUGUUACUUCUGGCCUGGUACGCUGCUGUCCACUGGUACAUCAGAGAUUCCUACAGGAUUGGUGGUUUCAGUCAGAAGCAUGUGUUCAUCACCGGCUGUGACAGUGGCUUUGGGAACCUCCUGGCCAGACAGCUGGACCAGAAAGGCUUCAGGGUCACAGCUGGAUGCCUCACGGAGAAAGGUGCUGCAGAUUUAGCAGCAGCGACAAGCCCCAGACUGAAGACCCUCCUUGUGGAUGUUACAGACAGCGCGAGCAUCCGGAGUGCCGUGGAGUUUGUGAAGAGAGAGGUGGGAGAGCGAGGCCUCUGGGGGCUGGUGAAUAACGCUGGCAGGUCGGUUCCCAUCGGACCACCAGAAUGGAUGCAUCUGGAGGACUUUACAAAGGUGUUGGAUGUAAAUCUGAUCGGGGUUAUUGAUGUAACCCUGCAGUUUCUGCCUCUCCUGAAGAAAGCCAAGGGCAGAGUGGUGAACGUGGCCAGCAUUUUGGGGAGGCUGUCUCUCACCGGUGGAGGAUACUGUCUGUCCAAAUGGGGUGUGGAAGCUUUCUCUGACAGUCUCAGGAGGGACAUGCAGCACUUCGGUAUAAAAGUGAGCAUCAUUGAGCCAGGUUUCUUCAAGACCGGUGUGACCAGUGUAGAUCUCAUCAAUGCUGACUUGAAAAGGCUGUGGGCAUACCUUCCUCAAGACGUUAAGGACUCAUAUGGUGCCACAUACUUAGAUGACUAUAUGAGAAUGCAGGGCUUCUCUAUGAACAUCCUGUGCUCCCCAGAUAUCUCCAAGGUUACCUGGUGCAUGGAACAUGCUCUCACUGCCCAGCAUCCACGGACACGUUAUGGAGCUGGCUGGGAUGCUAAGUUUUUCUGGAUCCCUCUGUCCUAUCUACCUUCAUUUGUCUCUGACUUUAUUGUACAUAUGCUCCUCCCCUCACCUAAAGACAAAACAAGCAGUUGAAUAAAAGAUGGUUAUACACAGUGUAAAAA